AUCAGGAUAUACCUGCAUAAAAUACUGAUGAAAGGCUGUCACUUGCAGGUGGCUGGGUGGAGACCGACCCGACAUGGGUGACACCGGACGACUGGGAUGACAGUGACGGGGUCCGACACGUCUCCGGCUAUGUUCUGGACAACAACUUAAGAACCGGCUGGCAGCGGGCAGCUAAAGAGGGCAGCUGGAGUCUCAUCUUUGACCUGCAGGCCCCCAUGACCCUCUCCCGAGUUCACAUGUGGUACUACCACACCCGGGAUGUGACAAUCUUACGGUCAAUGACCCCAGGAGGACGGCUUGAGACUGUGAAAAGUUUUCCUGCUGCACAAAUAAUUCCUGCUGCAGAUGAAGGAAACGCCAAAGGAAUACGCCUGAAUGAAACUGAUCUGACUGGAUUCCUCGAUGCAGGGCAGAUUUGGCGCUUGGAGUUUACAACAACUUCGACAGAUUUCGACCCUACACAAGCUACGGAAAUCAUGGAGGUGAAGUUUUUUCAAGCCUGCUCCGGAGUGGAGAGGACGGUCUGUACGGACGGAGACUGUGACGUUCACGAGGUGAUCUGUGACGGGUUAGUGGACUGUGACGACGGGAGCGAUGAGGAGAACUGUGAUAAAAUGCUGUGUUCUAACGGGGCGGCCAUCAACAAGACACGAGUGUGUGACGGUAGGGACGACUGCGGAGACGGUACGGAUGAGAGGAACUGCUGCGAGCGACAAGGCAAGAUGGUCUGCGACAAUGGACAAUGCGUGGAUGUUCUGAAAAGAUGCAAUGAUAGUUCCAUCCACCUUCCCUGUGGGGAAAACGGGCAGCGCUACUCCAGAUGUGACUGGAUAGAAGAUUGUAGUGACGGCAGCGAUGAGGCCUGUCCUGCUUCUACCUGUGACAACGGAGCCCUGUUCCACCCGGCUACUCGCUGUAACGGCAGAGACGACUGUGGGGACAACAGUGAUGAGACGAACUGUGACUGUUACUAUCUCAGCGACAAAGGGACAAGCUACAGGGGCCUUGCAAACCGGGACGGAACCUGUCAGUUCUGGACAUCUCAGUACCCCCACACCCAUAACCACACUCCCCAGGCCUACCCACGGGCAGGGCUGGAGCAGAACUACUGCCGGAACCCGGACGGGAAGGACAGGCCGUGGUGCUACACAAACAACCCGCUCAUCAGGUGGAUGUACUGCGAUGAUGUCUUCGCCUGUGACGGCCUGGAGGAGAACUUCUGCCGUAACCCUGACAACAAGGAGCGGCCCUGGUGCUACACCACGGACCCGACAUUGAGAUGGAGCUACUGUGACGUGAUGGGAUGUGCCGACCCUACAUCUCUGGACUUCGUCGGUCAGGAGUGCAAGGGAGCAUAUACCUGUGAAAAUUCCAACCUUUGUAAUUGUGACAAUGACUGCAGCUUUUUCAGUGACUGCUGUGAAGAUGUUGAAGAAGACGGCUUAGCCCGGCCAGUUCAGCCAUCUCCUGACUACUCCCAUCUAAAGUGGAAGUGUGUGCCUGGCUUCACCGACUGGCCUUCCUAUUGGCUGGUGGCUGACUGCCCGGACGGAUGGACGGAUGACGUCACACGGGCUCAGUGUUUAAAACAAGUGGACACUUUUAAUCUCAGUGACCUGAUUUACAGGAUGCCGGUGGAAGUUGGUUUAUACAAAAUCCCUUACAGAAACAUGUUCUGUGCUCUGUGCAACAGUGUCGUAAUGACAGAACUAUCUAUUCAGUCAUAUACUGUGUGUUCUGGACAGCUUAAUUCUGCUCAUAAACCUGUAGAUGAACAACAGUACAGCAAUAUUAGCAGUACCCUUGGUGUUAACGAUGACAUAAGGGGUUGCCUUGGUGCAAAAAAAGUAGAAUUUGGCGGUUUCGAAUCCGAUUAUGCGAGAUCAUGUCUUUCCCCCAUGACAGGUUUUUCGAAUGCCAACUGUGAUAUGACUACAUGCAUGUCUUACAGCUAUCCCGUUUUCAGUAGGUAUAAGACAUACAGGAACCUACACUGCGCUCUUUGUGAAGGACUUUCCCUUGCAGCAACCACACAUCUCAGGUGUGGUACUUUUAAUUCAAAGGGGGGGAGAUUUAGCCAUGAAGUCUCGCUAACUCGCCUAUUUAACUUUGAUGUCGACGUUAGUGGCCUCAAUCAGUGUCCCUCCGGCACUUUGUACGAUCCGUUUGCAGACACGUGCCGAGAGUUCUCGUCCACUGCGACAAGACGUGACUUAGCAAAUAAAACUACCCCCUUACAAAACUGCAGUGAACCCGCUUUGACGUUCACAUCGGAAGAGUUCCGUGUCCUUCCCAAUGGUAGUGUCCACCUGUUGAGCUCUAACGUGUCCUGCCCAGUUGAGCAGGUGGCCAUUCUGAACACAACAGCAUCGAUCUGCGGGGAGUGCAUACUGCAGCACUUUUCGAACCACACGCAAACAACCGACAGUGAAGACUCACUUCAGGGCUGGUUAACCCUAGGUCUUGUGACAGUGUCUGCCGUAGCCGUGGUCAUCUUUUUUGUCCACAAUGUCCGGUCUGGCCAAUGGGAAAAAGUGCCAGAAAAGCUGAAAGUUCAGAUGACGACAUGCAUGGCCCUUGCUGAAGUCUUGUUUGUGGUACGUGUGUGGAUCCCCCACGGACCGGGCUGUGCAGCGUUUGCAAUCAUUCUGCACUACCUCUUCCUGACAGGCUUCACAUCCAUGAACGCACUUGCCAUGGAUCUCUUUCUCACCUUUCGUGACGGUUUAGAAAGAGUGAAACUGUACCAGUACCAGAUGUAUACCUGGCUGGUGCCAAUGCUUGUAGUAGUAAUGACUGUGAUUGUAGAGUUUGGCAGUUCUGCCAGGGUGGGUUACGGAGAGCACUGUUGGAUCGGCGAUCCGACAGCCAGUCUGGUGGCUUUCGGAGUCCCUGUCUUCUGUACCCUUCUUGUCAAUGCUGUCUUGAUCACCCUUGUCUUGGUGGCCAUACGGAAGUCAUUUCAGAUAGCCGACGCUGCACUGAAGCGAUCAAACAGCAGCAAGGCCUGGGUCUACAUCCGUAUCUUCUUUCUUACGGGGUUCACCUGGCUUCUUGGCUUCAUCUAUCCUUUCGCCAACAGCCAAGUUGUAGAAUACAUCUUUAUUGUACUAAACGCUUCUCAGGGCCUUCUAAUGGCCCUGAUGCUGUCAAUAACGUCCAAGGUGGUGGAGAAAUGGGAGUCUUCGAUCAGGGCACGCCUUGGUCUGGCUGUACCUCAGCAGAAUAAUGGGCAAACCACCUCUGCCACUGCCGGCAACCGACAGGCUGCUACAAAGCGAACUGAACCAACGGCAGGUGGAACCGGCUCUGCUACUGACAUACCGAUGACAACUUUCGUCGAUGUGGAAGGCAAGAGGAGGCGCCGUCAUCUGGACAAGAAGCGAACCACCGCUGCUAGUAACCAGUCGGCCACUACAAGGGGAGGUGAGGCGGUGGAAGGUGUAUCCGACCCUGGUGCAGACAUACUCAUAGCAGCUUUUCCUGAUGUAGAGGAGAAGAGCGCACGCGUUCAGCUAGAUGAGACCAAUCAGGAUAGUGGAGCAAGUGCCACUAGCACUGCAGGCAACCGGCAGGCCCCCGAAGGUGAAACCGGCUCAGAUGUGGACGGCAACUCAGCUAAAGACGUAGCCAUUACAGUUUUUACUGAUGCUGAGGAGAAGAGGAGGGCACGCGUUCAGCUGGAUGAGCCUCAUCAGGACAGUGGAGCAGCCGCCACUGCAGUCAACCAGCAGACCAUGACCAUGCCCACGACAACCGUCGCCGAUGUGGAAGAGAAGCCCCCAGAUGGAGAUGACAAGACGACCUGUUUCUAG